GAAAAAGGGAAAAGGUGUCUGAUCUGAGCAUUUGAAUAACGAAAUCAGCACAAAAAUCGACAAUUGACAGUCGGUGCCAAUCCAACGGCUCUUAAUUUACCAUCUUUAACAACCAAGGGCCAGAGCCUUAACUGUCCCUACCUUCCCCAUUCCAUAGCCACGUGACCUCCCUGCACAGCACCCGCAGCAGAAACGGAGCGCCUUCUCGGCUUGAGUGCUUCACAUAUUAUUCCUCCUUCACUCUGUCUGUCUCCCGUCGAAUUUAUACUUCUUGCUUGCUCUCUGUUAUCCAAACGCAGAGUAAGCUCCUCUCUCUCUCUCUCUCUCUCUCUCUCGCUGGAUCACGAUGUUGAAGUUUUGAUCGAUUAAUUCUUUUUCUCUGCAUCGCCAUUCAAUUUUCGUAUCGGAUUGCAGUUGCGAUUGGAGAAAGCCAUUGAAGAUUGGAGGAUUUAAAAUCAGAGAAGCUUGGGAGGUACUUGGAAACAAAAAAGUAGUUUGGGAGGCAAGCCCCUGGUUCUAAUGAAGUGUUGCAAUAAAUGAAGGUCCAAGUGGAAGUUGCCCUUGCUUGCCUCAUUGGUUUUAUCUGGAUUCAGCAAGGUUUUUGUGUUGGUGGUGCAGAUGAAGUUUCCACUACGUCAGGCUUAAAAAAUUGGACAUGUACAUGUUCAUUGCCAUAUCAAGGAAAUCAGAGUUAUACUAAAUCUAACUGUUCUACAUCCUGCAAUUGCAACAUAGCAGUUGGAGGACCAAGUGGUGAUAUAUGGACAUGUGCAUGUGCCGCUGAUGGAUUUCCUAAAAUAGCUUCAGGCACUGUUGAUGCUACCUGUUUUACUGCUUGCAACUGCACUUCUGGAUCUCUUGCAAAGACUCAAGCUAGAAGAAAUCACCUCUCUGGCAAAGUUGUUGUAAUCAUUCUGCUACUAUGUGUCAUACUUACAACACUUGCUUUUCUUGCUUCCAUAACUUGCUGUGUCUAUCGAAAAGUUAAAUGCCCUAUCCAGCCUCCGAUGUUCUCUUCAGACGGAGAAACUAGUUGCAACAGUGCUACUAACUUAAUAAGUCAUAAGGCAUCUUCACCAUCAGAAAUCAAGGUCAAUAGUAAUUGGCCCAUUAAUCCUAUCUCAGGGUGUUUUCGCAGAGCUUCUUUAUUGUGUAGGAGUGAUUCAGAGAUUUUACAUGGCACCAUCAUCCGAUUUUCAUUCUCUGAAUUGGAUUAUGCAACAAAUAAGUUCUCCAAUUCCAAUCUUAUAGGACAUGGUGGAAGCAGCUAUGUAUAUCGUGGUCAGCUUAGAGAUGGUAAAAUUGUAGCAAUUAAGCGACUUAAAGCUCAAGGAGGGCCUGAUGCGGACUCUGUCUUUUCAAAAGAGGUUGAAGUGUUAUCAAGACUCUAUCACUGUCAUGUUGUGCCCUUGCUUGGCUACUGCUCGGAAUUCCAAGGGAAACAUUCUGAGAGGUUGCUGGUCUUUGAAUACAUGCCUAAUGGUAACUUGAGGGAUUGUUUGGAUGGAGUUUUGGGUGAAAGCAUGAAAUGGGAAACUCGUGUUAUAAUUGCAAUAGGAGCUGCCAGGGGCUUAGAAUAUCUUCAUGAAGCGGCUGCUCCAAGGAUUUUGCACAGAGAUGUCAAAUCCACAAAUAUCCUCCUGGAUGAAAACUGGAGAGCAAAAAUUACUGAUCUUGGUAUGGCUAAACGUUUAAAAGCUGAUGGUGUUCCCAGCAGUUCCAGUUCUCCUGCAAGAAUGCAGGGUACUUUUGGCUAUUUUGCACCAGAGUAUGCAAUGGUUGGGAGGGCCUCUCUCAUGUCAGAUGUUUUUAGUUUUGGGGUAGUUCUCCUUGAGCUUAUUACUGGUCGACAGCCCAUCCAUAAAUCAACCAAUAAAGGAGAAGAAAGCCUCGUCUUAUGGGCUACUCCUCUUUUGCAGGAAAGUGGGAGAGUAGUAUCAGAAUUGCCCGAUCCACGUUUGAAAGGUAACUUCCCAGAAGAAGAAAUGCAGAUAAUGGCUUACCUAGCGAAGGAGUGCCUGCUGUUGGAUCCUGAUGCUCGACCAACCAUGAGUGAGGUUGUACAAAUCCUCUCAACUAUUUCACCAAAUAAGUCUAGAAGGAGAAACAUUCCUGUAAAUCUCUUUAAGAUGUCUUCUUCACGCAGCAUGAAAAGCGAGUCAUACAUUCAAAAACCAGAUAUUCGAGUUGAAAGUCUUGUCAAUGCAGCAGAGCUGAGAGGAGACAUGUCAGUUAAACAGUCAGCUAUGUGCUCUAUGCCAUUGGAUGUUGAGCAUACCUUCUCUGUUGAACACAACACCAAGGGAGAAGUUCCUGUUUCAUCAGAGUAUAUGGAAAGAUUGAUUCUCUUGACUUCAAAAGCUAGGAGUUGUCGUGCCAAGGAUGAUGAGGCUGUGGACUUAACUGAACCUAGGUUUGAAUCAUUCCGCAUGGCAAAUAAAUCUCCUUGACAAACUAGCCACACUAAGGCAAGUCUUUGAUUUAGGUAUAUGCAGUUUGCUGGUACAAGUCUGUUUUGGUUUCCUAAGUAGAGAGGAAGCAAGCAAGUUUUUGAGGUUGCCCAUUUGAUAUAUAUAUAUAUAUAUAUUAAAUUUAUUUCUACAUAUACUUUUAACCAAAAUAGGAGAAAGACAAUGGUCAUAUAAAUUUUCUUGAUUGUAUUUAAUUUUUUAUGUACAUAAAAAGUAACAGUAGAAAAUUCAUGUUGUCUUUUUUUUUU